AUGGAUUCCCUCGUCGAAUCCGGUUGGCAGUAUCUAAUAACACAUUACAGCGACUUUCAACUGUCAUGCAUUGGGAGUUUCAUCAUCCAUGAAAGUGUGUUUUUCUUGUCCGGACUCCCUUUCAUUUUCCUAGAGAGGACUGGUUUGCUAAGCAGCUACAAAAUUCAGACGAAAACUAACACUCCUGAAGCACAAGGAAAAUGCAUUGCUUGGCUGUUGUUUUACCAUUUCUGCGUAAACUUUCCCCUCAUGAUGGGAUCUUACUCCGUCUUCAAAUUCAUGGGCAUGCAGAGCAGCUUUCCUCUGCCGUCCUGGAAAGUGGUGUCUGCUCAGAUCUUGUUCUACUUCAUCAUUGAGGAUUUUGUAUUCUAUUGGGGUCACAGGAUCUUGCACACGAAAUGGCUGUACAAGAAUGUGCACAGUGUGCAUCAUGAAUACGCCACACCGUUUGGUUUGACAUCAGAAUAUGCUCACCCAGCUGAGAUUCUGUUCCUGGGUUUCGCUACCUUCAUUGGUCCGGCUCUCACCGGUCCCCACCUACUCACCCUCUGGCUGUGGAUGAUGCUUAGAGUUAUUGAGACGGUCGAGGCACAUUGCGGUUAUCAUUUCCCGUGGAGCCCCUCGAAUUUUCUUCCUCUGUACGGCGGUGCUGACUUCCAUGACUACCAUCAUCGGUUACUCUACACAAAGUCUGGGAACUACUCAUCAACUUUUGUCUACAUGGACUGGAUCUUUGGCACCGACAAGGGUUAUAGAAAAUUGCAGGCCUUGAAAGAAGCCUGA